AUGCCUCAGAAAGCUUAUACCAAUAGAAGCGACCACCCGUUUAAUUGCUUCAGCCUGGGGAUUAAUAAGCUUCGCAUAGAAUUGAACUGGACGAUGAAUUUCUACAUUUCUGCUCUGUUUUUGCUGCUUCUCUUUGGCUACUCCACAGCUCGGCAGCAAGGAGAAACUUGUGUUUCGAACAGCAACUGCGAUUCCGGGCUGCAUUGCGAGACCUGCGUCGCCAAUGGCAAUGUUCGACCGCGCUGCACUCGAAUUCAACCUCUAAAUCCUUUCUCCAAGGUGAAAGGGUUGCCGUUCAAUCGGUACACGUGGUUAACAACGCACAAUUCGUUUGCUAGAUUGGGGGCAAGGUCUGCAAAUGGAGGAUUGGUUUUAACUACCAGGAAUCAGCAAGACACCAUCACCGAUCAGCUCAAUGAUGGUGUUAGAGGGUUGAUGCUUGAUAUGUACGACUUCAAUAAUGAUAUCUGGUUAUGCCACUCAUUUGGUGGCAAUUGCUACAACUACACGGCCUUCACACAAGCCACAAAUGUUUUGCAAGAGGUUCGAGUUUUUCUCGAAGCAAACCCUGCUGAAAUCAUCACCAUUAUCAUUGAAGAUUACGUUAGAUCUCCUAAUGGAUUGACAAGGGCUUUCAAUGCCUCUGGCCUGAUGAAAUUCUGGUUUCCAGUGUCAAGGAUGCCUAGAAAUGGCCAAGAUUGGCCAACGGUUGAUGACAUGGUUCAGAAGAAUCAGCGUUUAGUAGUCUUCACUUCUAGAGCUUCCAAGGAAUCUUCUGAACGCAUUGCUUAUCAAUGGAGAUACAUGGUGGAAAAUCAAUAUGGUGAUGGUGGAAUGAGAGUUGGAUUGUGUCCAAAUCGUUCAGAAUCACCCGCAAUGAAUGUAACCACACGAUCACUGGUCCUGAUGAAUUAUUUUCCAGAUACUCCAAGUUUAACCCAAUCUUGCAGAUACAAUUCAGCCCCAUUAAUUAGCAUGAUGAACACGUGUUAUGAAGCAGCCGGUAAAAGGUGGCCUAACUUCAUUGCUGUUGAUUAUUACAGGCGAAGCGACGGAGGAGGUGCACCUCAAGCAGUAGAUACGGCUAAUGGCCAACUAGUUUGUGGUUGUGCAAACAUAGCCUCUUGCAAGGAAAAUAUGACUUUUGGAGCAUGUAAACUGGCUGAGGAUAUAGCUCCAAGUGGAGCAUUCAAUAAUCAAACUAGCUUUGGACAAUUCGAUAGCAGACCCAUUCGAUUUCAGUGGCUGUUUAUUACAGCGGUGACGGAGGACGCAGAGUACGGGUCAUUGGAUUUGGAGGAGGUUUUGAAUUUCGUUGACUUGGAGCAUGACUUAAUUUUUGCUGCGGAAGUCAGUGCAUCAGAUUUGAUCCGAAAUGUUGCUGUUGAAUGUGGGUAG